UUUGCUAGCAGACCGACUAUAAAACACAACCGCCUUACAAUAAAUAAUAUUAAUUCAAAAUAAUAAUCAGUUUACGAGGUAAGAAACAAUACAGAAUACGAUCUGAAGCAAUUGUUUGGUACAUAUUUUUUAAAGUAGCAUUGUUCUGUAGAUUUGUAAAAUAUGGCAUCUGUCAACAUAAGAUUCACCAAGCUUUAUAUCAACAAUGAAUUCGUGGAUUCCCUAAGUGGAAAUACUUUUCCCACCCAAAACCCUGCUACUGGACAAAAAAUUGCAGAUGUAUCCGAAGCAGAUAAAGCUGAUGUCGACUUGGCAGUUAAGGCUGCAAAAGCUGCAUUUACCAGAGGAUCGGAAUGGAGAAACAUGGAUGCCUCUGCCAGGGCAAAACUAAUUAACAAACUUGCAGAUUUAAUUGAGAGAGAUGCUAAAAGUCUUGCAGCUUUAGAAACAUCAGAUAAUGGUAAACCUUUGGAAGCUGCCAUUCUGGAAAUAUUGGGCUCGGCUGACGUUCUUCGAUAUUAUGCAGGAUUUUGUGAUAAAAUACAUGGAAACACAAUUCCUUCUGAUGGAAAUCAAUUUGCUCUUACAAGAAAAGAACCAAUUGGCGUAGUUGGACAAAUAAUUCCAUGGAACUACCCAAUUCCAAUGGCCAUUUGGAAAUGGGGACCAGCCUUGGCAGCUGGUUGCACCAUAGUUCUUAAACCUGCAGAGCAAACACCUUUAACAGCUUUGGAAUUGGCUGCAUUAUCUAAAGAAGCCGGGUUUCCCAAGGGAGUCAUAAACGUUCUUAAUGGUUUUGGAGAAACUUGUGGAGCUGCACUUGCUAUGCACAAUGAUGUCAGAAAAAUUUGUUUUACUGGAUCAACUGAGAUUGGACAUAAAAUUAUGGAAUAUUCGGCAAAAUCAAAUUUAAAGAGUGUAAACCUCGAACUUGGAGGAAAAAGCCCUUUGGUUAUUUUUGAUGACGCAAACCUUGAUGAGGCCGUUGAAAUUGCAUACAACGCGAUUUUUUCCAACCAAGGCCAAAACUGCUGCGCUGGUUCAAGAACUUUUGUUCAAACCGCCAUUUAUGAUGAAUUUGUAAGAAGGGCUGCUGAAAAGGCCAGAGCCAGAAAAGUUGGCGAUCCGUUAAAAUCUGGAACUCAGCAAGGACCACAAGUAGAUAAACCAUCACUGGACAAAAUUUUAAGAUUGGUAGAAUCGGGAAUCAAAGAAGGCGCCAAAUUGGAAGCAGGGGGAAAACAAGUUGGAAAUGUUGGAUAUUUUGUGGAACCAACUGUUUUCUCCAAUGUUAAAGAUGAUAUGUCAAUUGCCAAAGAAGAAAUAUUUGGACCGGUCCAAUGCAUACUUAAAUUUAACACUAUGGAAGAAGUCAUAGAAAGAGCUAAUAAUACCCAAUAUGGACUUGCUUCUGGUGUUAUAACCAAUAAUAUUAAUAAUGCUAUGGUGUUUGCACAAGCUGUUGAAGCAGGAUCUGUAUGGAUAAAUUGUUAUGCUCCUAUAUCACCACAGACUCCAUUCGGCGGUUUCAAAAUGUCAGGACUUGGAAGAGAUUUGGGAGCAGAUUCAUUAUCUGGUUACUUGGAAACCAAGACAAUUUCCAUUAAAUUACCGUGCAAAAACUAAACAAAACAAUUGCAUUUUUAAUAGUAGUAUUAUUAUAAUAACCAAUAAGUUAGGUAACUACUUCAAAUGUAAUAAAAUAUAUAUUCUAUAAACAUU